GGAAGCGUCCAAGGCCAAACUCAGCGCUUGCCGAAUCAUCCUUUUCUCGUUCUCUGGUCAGACGCUCGCGCCGGUUUGGGGAGAGCAGCCGAUAUGUUUCGCAACCAGUAUGAUAAUGAUGUAACCGUUUGGAGCCCACAGGGCCGAAUUCACCAAAUAGAAUAUGCAAUGGAAGCUGUCAAGCAAGGCUCAGCAACCGUUGGGCUGAAAUCAAAAGUCCACGCUGUUCUGGUUGCUUUGAAGAGGGCACAGUCUGAGCUGGCUGCCCAUCAGAAAAAAAUCCUGUAUGUUGACAACCAUAUUGGUAUUUCUAUUGCUGGACUUACUGCUGAUGCAAGACUUCUAUGUAAUUUCAUGCGUCAGGAGUGUCUGGAUUCAAGAUUUGUAUUUGAUAGGCCUCUUCCAGUAUCUCGAUUAGUAUCUCUGAUUGGAAGCAAAACACAAAUACCAACACAGCGUUAUGGAAGAAGGCCAUAUGGUGUGGGACUUCUCAUUGCAGGCUAUGAUGAUAUGGGUCCCCAUAUCUUCCAGACCUGUCCUUCUGCAAAUUAUUUUGAUUGCAAAGCGAUGUCUAUUGGUGCAAGAUCCCAGUCAGCUCGAACUUACUUGGAGCGACACAUGACUGAAUUUGCUGACUGUAAUCUGAAUGAACUGGUGAAACAUGGGCUGCGUGCUUUAAGAGAGACACUUCCUGCAGAACAAGAUCUCACCACUAAGAAUGUUUCCAUUGGGAUUGUUGGUAAAGAUAUGGAAUUCACUAUUUAUGAUGAUGAUGAUGUAGCAUCGUUCCUGGAAGGUCUUGAAGAAAGACCACAAAGAAAGAUUGCUCAACCAGCUGAAGAUUCUGCAGAAAAAGCAGAUGAACCAAUGGAGCACUAAUUACUGUACAUGAACUACUGCAUAAGUUACUUAAUAUGCAAUAAUGCUGGAGCAUUCCUCUGUAUUCUGGAAAUUAAAUUCUAAACUAAGUGCAUAUAGUAAUGAUACAUCCUGGUGAGUCAGUCUUUAAAAUAUAUGGCAAAAAAAAAAGUUACGCUGGCAGCAAAGAACUCAUAACUGAU